AUGGGCUUGUCGCUGACCCUUAUCUUUCUAUGGCUUCUAUUUUACGGCGCUGUAGCCUUACAAAAGCCGCUUCAAGUAUACGAGCACCAUUCCAGAGGCUUACCUUUAGACGACAGCUUUGACGAAAAGGUUGAUUGGGUUCGUGAACAUUUCAAGAUUCCUGGUCUAGCCGUAGCCGUCGUUCGGGAAGAAACAUAUACCAAAGUAAGUCACCCUGUAUUUCAAAAGUCGUCUCUCCAUCGGUGCUUGAUGCUCGAGAUUGACGAGAAAAAUCAACAGGGUUAUGGCUUCUCCGAUAUCAUCAGCUCUCAGCCGGUGACGGAGCACACUCUAUUUUUCACAGGAAGCACGACCAAGGCCUUCACUGCGGCAGCUAUCUCUCUCCUCGUUGACGAUGAGCUCAACUUCCCAUCCAUUAAUUGGAAUACCCCGGUGCACUCUAUCCUUCCGGAGGAUUUCGUUCUGAGUGAUCCUUGGUCUACAUCGCAAAUGACGAUCAUUGACAUUUUAUCCCAUCGUUCUGGCUUACCGCGCCACGACUGGGUGUGGCUUUCCAACAUCACACUAAAGGAAGCUGUACACUCAAUGAGAGAUCUCCCAUUCACAGCUUCUCCCCGGACAGAAUGGCAAUAUUGUAAUCUUAUGUAUAUGGCUGCUUCUCACCUCAUCGAAACCGUAACAAACCAAUCCCUGGAAUCCUUCUUAAUGGAAAAUAUCUGGUUGCCCUUGAAUAUGACCGAGACGUAUCUUUCCGUCUCGGAAGCUCAAAAGGCACAUUCCGAUAUUUCCCAAGGGUAUUAUGUCAAUCUGGAGGGCGAAUUCGCGUCCAGUGAGAGAACGUUUAUACAUACCCUUCGCGGAGCAGGCAAUGUACUCUCGUCUGUGUCGGACUACGCAAAGUGGAUUUCCACUUUACUAAACCAGGAGCCACCAUUCUCUCAACAAAGCUAUGCGAAAUUGUUUGGUGGUCACUCUAUCGUUUCCCCAAAUGCGGUUGAGCCGUUCCAAACCCCCACGCUUUAUGGACUAGGAUGGAUGUCAGCAGCAUACCAGGGUGAGAUGAUGGUAUUUCACGGAGGCUCCCAGAUCGGGUACGGAGCAUCCGUUAUGCUCUUACCCCAGCGAAAGUUCGGACUUGUGCUGCUGGGAAACAACAUGGAUGGCGUUAGUGUGGCGGCCGAUGUCCUCGCUUAUCAUCUAAUUGACGAAGAAUUGGGCGUCCCCCUAAAGGAUCGAUUUGACUGGGUUACAAGAGGCGAUGCACUCAUCAACCAAACCCAUCUUUCCGAAAACAUCCUAUCAGAGCUCUACCCUACAAUCCCCGAUCCUCCCUUUCCAAGCCCCGUCAAUUUCUCCGCUUAUGAGGGAUCCUACACGCACCCAGCUUACCCAGAGUUCAAAAUUUCUAGUAACUGUACCGGGGACGAGCGGGUUUACAAGAGACUGAACUGGACAACGCCUGACCUCUGCGCAAUACUGCCAAGACAUAACGAUUACUCUAUAGAUACGAAGUUGUACUUUUUCCACGUUUCCGGCACAUUCUGGUACCAAAUUGGAUUGUCGUGGGACGUUCCAACUCCCAGUCGAGUGGAGUUCGAGAUUGGACCCGAUGGCUCUGUGACUCGGCUGGGAAUCGAGAUCGAACCUACAAUGGCGGAGCAGAGGGAGAAAAUAUGGUGGAAACAUGUCUAUUAA